GAGGAAAAGCUAAGGGAAAGGCCAAGAGCCGAUCAAGCCGUGCUGGACUUCAAUUCCCAGUUGGUCGUGUUCACCGAUUUUUGCGAAAGGGUAACUAUGCAUCUCGUGUCGGUGCUGGUGCCCCAGUCUACAUGGCUGCCGUACUCGAGUACUUGACUGCUGAAAUCUUGGAGUUGGCUGGUAACGCUGCCCGUGAUAACAAAAAGAGCAGAAUCAUCCCCCGUCACCUUCAACUUGCCAUCCGUAACGAUGAAGAGUUGAACCGUCUUCUCGGAAGUGUGACCAUCGCACAAGGAGGUGUACUACCAAAUAUCCAAGCUGUACUUCUGCCAAAGAAGACCCAGGCCAAAACCAAGUAGACUUAACUACUGUAUCUUCUCAAACCAAACGGCUCUUUUCAGAGCCACCAAAUACACAAAAGAGAUUUUAAACAAGGCCGUUAAAGUGCGUACAUGUGUGUGUUUUUUUGUAUGAUAGUCCGAUUAUUCAUUAAGCUAUUGUAACACGAGCCUAACGUUUAGAGUUUCCAUAACGUUGCUACAGUGUUUUCUCAACAAACUACAUAUAUUUAUUAGAGGACUAAACAUUGUUUAAAAAAACAAUGUAUACAGCGUUUUGAUUGUAUAUAAUAUUAGUAAUAUAAAAUGUAGCUGAACUCAAAAGAUACGGUAUAUACAUUUUAAGAACAUUACAAUAGCAUACAUUCAAAAUUGUAUAAUUAUUUGUAUAUUAUUACUAUAUAAUAAAA